AUGUCGCAGGCCACCCUAUGUACAGGAAUGAAGCGCAAACAUGACGAGAAUGAUUCUUCCAUCGCUAUGGAUGCAGUAGAUCAUGCAACCAACGUUAUCCCCGCAAAUCAAGACCCAAAUGACCCCCCUUCAUCCUCCGACGCCUCAAAUAAACCUGCCAACUCGAACACGCAAAAUCAAUCAAAGAAGCGACGAGUUGAUGGAGAAAAAACAAAAUACCCAGAUGUUAAAUAUGUGGGUGGCAAGUUACAGUCUUCAAUUCGAAUCGCCGACCUCCAGGGUUUACUUCUGUACUGCUUUGCAGACGGAAUUGCUCCCAAAUGGAUCUCUGUCAAACACUCUGGACGCAUGCAAAAAGUGGCUGUCCUGAUGGUUCCUGGGCUAGAAAUUGCGAAAAAAAAUAUGCCAAUUCCUGAGCAGACGGGAAUGACAGAGCAAACUGCCGAAGACCGAAAGGCCGCCGACUUCGAAAAGUGGAAGCAGGGACUCCCACUCGAGGACCGGUCUGAUCAAUUCAAUCCACGACCCCUUUCCCAGGAUACGCUUCCUUUGCCCUUGCGCGAGCUCGCAAAGAUAUUCCCAGAUAUCUGGCCCGUUAGAGCUCCUGGCGAUACCAAAUACAAUAAAGUGCAUUCGCCCCUGCAGGCAAUCCUGCUAUCUCAGCUACCCAAGUCCAAGGACAACUCAGAACCCAAGCGCAAAGGGGCGCAGCCGGCUCGAACUAAGGAUGGCUUCGUCGCAAAACGAACCCCUAUCACAAAGUUUAUUAGUACUAUGGAGCAACUGCAAGAGAACGAGUACACCUUACACCCGGCGUUUUUCAAUUCAGAGGAAGAAAAGGCUUCAUACAACAAUACUCGUCGUUCAAACAAUGAAUCUACGGAAGAUGGCUGGGUUGACUCGUUGGUUCCAAGCUUGGAGGCCGGUGAUGUACCCGACGCUGAAACCGAACAGGGCAGCAUGACCGCCGGUCGCGAUGUGUUGGCCCUUGACUGUGAGAUGUGUAUGACGGAAGGUGGUAAGUCCGAGCUUACUCGUAUCAGUAUGAUGCGCUGGGAUGGCGAGGUCAUCUUAGACGAGUUGGUAAAGCCUGCCCGACCAAUCGUUGACUACCUUACCCAAUAUUCUGGCAUCACUGAGGAAAUGCUGGACCCCGUCACAACUACCCUGUCCGAUAUCCAACAGAAACUUCUUUCCAUUCUGACGCCUCGCUCCAUUCUGGUCGGACACUCCCUCAACUCAGAUUUGACGGCGCUGAAAUUCACCCACCCCUUCAUCGUUGACACGGGUAUCAUAUACCCCCACCCACGUGGCCCUCCCUUAAAGUGCAGCCUCAAGUGGCUCACUCAAAAGUACCUGAACAAAUCCAUUCAGACCGGUAGCGCCGGCCAUGACUCGAUUGAAGAUGCCCGUGCUGUCCUGGACUUGGUGAAAUUGAAGUGUGAGAAGGGCGUUGGUUGGGGUACCAGCGAUGCCUCUAAUGAAAGCAUCUUCCACCGACUCGCCCGCUCCAAGCGCUCCACUCUCCCAGCUUCCAAUCGACCCCGAACUGGAGCUGGAGCUGUGGUCGAUUGGGGAAACCCAGAGCGCGGGUUUGGAGCGCAGGCGACUGCUGCCAUCGGAUGCAAGAACGAUGAUGCUGUGGUGAAGGGCAUAUCUUCCGCUAUCAACGGCGAUGCUGCAUACCCUGCUGUUCCUAGUGGUGGUGUGGAUUUCGUUUGGGGUCGUCUUCGCGAGCUGGAGCAAUUCCGUGGCUGGUGUACACGUCUUCCCGAUGCGAACAACGCCAACCAAUCUAGUGAAGUUUCUGCCUUGCCCGAGGAGACCACGCCUACCACCAGCACCGACGAUGCCUCGGCACGCAUCUUUGACCCUGUUCUUGCCACCACGGUCUCGCAGACAGUCUCAAACAUUACCCGGAUUUACGAAUCUCUGCCCUCAUGCACUUUGUUUAUUGUGUACUCGGGUACCGGAGAUCCUCGCGAGGUCUCCCGUCUUCAGGCAAUGCAAAAGACUUUCCGCGAGGAGUUCAAAGGACGCAAGCCUUGGGAUGAACUGAGUGUAAAGUGGACAGACGUGGAGGAACAGGCUCUAAAGAAAGCAUGUGAACGAGCCCGGGACGGCUGUGGCUUCAUGUGUGUUAAACAAUAA